AUCUAUAAUAAUCAUAAUCAUAAUAUAAUUCAUACAUACAAUCUUUCUCUCUCUCUCUCAGUAUCACAUAUAAACCACCUUUGACUUCUGAAUCAACAACAAAUCACAAAAAUACAAAACAUAUACAUAUAUGUAUGUAUAAUGGCUUCAGAAAGGGAUAUUUUUCAGCUUUCAGGACCCUUACACUUGACUACUGUUGACUGGACUGAUGUGGAUCAUCGAAGGUCAGUUGCGGCAUCGAUGGUUCAAGGUGUAUACAUCAUGCAACGUGACCGGCAAGAAAACCGUCAAGGGCCAGAUGCACUUGCUCCUUUUUGGUGGAAUUUUUUCAAUUUCGACUUGCAUUGUCAACUCAUUGAUGAUGCGGACUCGUCCAUCUUUGGUGCCGUCUUCAAAUUUAAAGCCGACCUGUUAUCAAACUAUAAUACCCUUUCAAAAAAUUCGGCCCCUUCUUAUAUCAUUGCUUUCAGGGGCACGGUAACUAAAGGUGAUGCAUUCUCUAGAGACUUGCAGUUAGAUUUGCAUUUUGUCAAAAAUGUAUUGCAUCAAUCUUCAAGAUUUGAGAUCGCGAUGCAAGCUGUGAGAAACAUGGUUGCUUCUGGUGAUACGAAUAUCUGGUUAACGGGUCAUUCCCUUGGAGCGGCAAUGGCUAUGCUUGCAGGAAAGAACAUGGUCAAAAAUGGGGUUUCUCUGGAAUGUCAUCUUUUCAAUCCGCCAUUUGUUGCUGCCCCUAUCGAGCAUAUUAAGAACAAGAAAGUCAAACAUGGUCUCAGAAUCGCUGGCAGUUUUGUGACAGCAGGACUUGCUGUUGCUGUGAAAAUGAAAAACAAUCAUCAACAACGAAACAUUUCACAAAAUAAUUUGUUUCUUGAUUUGGCAGCAUGGGUGCCUAGUUUAUAUGUGAAUCCACGUGAUCAUAUAUGUUCAGAGUAUAUCGGGUAUUUUGGGCAUCGAGUAAAGAUGGGAAGCAUAGGAGCCGGAGGAGUCGAACGUUUGGCAGCACAACAUUCCAUUGCUGGUCUGUUCAUGGAUGCAAUUGGGAAGGAAUCACAUGAACCACUGCACCUCCUUCCAUCAGCUAAUUUGACUGUGAAUUUGUCUCGUGCUCGUGAUUUAAGGGAAGCUCAUGGCAUUCACCAGUGGUGGAAACGAGAUCAACAGCUGGAAUCCAGAACCUACAGAUGAUAAUCAGGAAUGCUAAACCAUUUGGGGUCAAAAAGACACUAGGGUUUUCAUUUGGAUGUGCAUUUUGGAACCUGUUAGUGAACUUUGAAAUUCUUUUCAUGUCAAAAGAUUAUGUUUUACCGCUUUAUAAAUUCUUGCCCUCUUGUUUGUUAUUCUCCAGUGCAUAAAUUUGUUUGUACAGACGUUUUUUUUACAAAACGGACUACGAUGUUGAAUCAAAAACUACAUUAUGGCGGUUUUUUAUAA